AUGCAGGCCGAGGUGGACGCAACCCAGGACACCGAGUUUCACGAUGCGUUGAGGGCGCACGGCAUCAUCCCGCCCAAACCGCCAUCUCGGUCUCCGUCACCAGAGCUUGCCUCAGUGCGCGAGAUGCGCACACAGGCGCUCAAGCAAGCCACGGUAGACGAUCUGGAUGUGGAGCUGGAGAACGAGCUGGACGAGGAGGAGGAAAAGCUGCUCGACAAGAUCCGCCGUCAACGCAUGUCGCAGCUUCGCGCCGAAACGAAAAAGGCGCGCUUCGGACGCGUAUACCCGAUAAGCAGACCAGACUAUACACGAGAAGUCACCGAAGCGAGCAAGCAAAAUCCUGACGCCGACGCGGACGCGGACGCGGAUCCGGAUACCUACCAACCUGACGAGGAGCAGAACCGUAAGCACACUCAAGCAACAGCAGCGGAUAAGCAGCGUCAAGGCGGAACCGGGGUGGUAUGCUUCCUCUACAAGGACGGCAUUGACACAUGUCGUCUUCUCGCUGGCUACCUUGACACACUAGCUGCCAAGUAUGCGUCGACCAAGUUUGUCAGCAUCAUAGGCGAUCAGUGCAUCCCCAACUAUCCCGACCGCAACCUACCCACUCUUCUCAUCUACCGCAACGGCGAGCUGCAUCGCCAGAUCGUAGGCUUGCGUCCCGAGAUCGGGCUGGAUGGCAUGAAGACCAAGUGCGAAGAUAUCGAGUUGCUCUUGACCGCAGUAGGUGCGAUUCAGAGGUCGAAAGUGCCAGGUGCACCGACGCAUCUGGGAUCCCAGAAACCGGACACAAUCCAAGAAGGCAACGAGGAAGAGGAACCAGAACAGCAAGGAUCAAGGCACAGAAGUAUCCGACAAAAGACGCAAGAAGAAUUGGAUGACGAGCUGGAUUGGGAUCUGUGA